ACUAAGCCAACAAAGUAAAUAAAACUGAGAAAGGAAAAGGGUGUGUGAGGAAGAUCGAAGAUGGAUGUAGGCGCCCUGAUUCCUCAAGAAGAAAACUCUCUGAAUGGCAUCAUGCUGUUAAGUCCCUUUACCUACAAGGAUGUUCAGUUCAAUACAGUAAUACUUAAUGCUUUUAACAAUGGACCAAGGGAAGAUGCUACUCGUAUUGGCUUUGCUGAUGUUGUGAGGCGUCAAGCUGUUGAUAAUUCGCCUCUUCGCCGUGUCAAUCAGGCAAUAUAUCUGCUUACAUCAGGUGCCCUCCAAAGCGCCUUUCGAAACAUUAAAACAAUAGUAGAGUGCCUUGCCGAUGAGCUCAUAAAUGCUGCCAGAGGGUCUUCUAACAGUUAUGUUAUCAAGAAGGAUGAGAUUGAGAGAGUGGCCAAGGCUAACCAUUGAGGGUGGUAUACCUUGCAGAAUGUUUUGGUAUUUUUUUGUUACACAGAUUUUGUUCUUUCCUUAACUGUAAGGUG